CGUUUUUGUUUAAGUGCAUCGCCGCUCAAUGAUUUUGUACACACAGCCAAUUUCAACCAAAUCUGCUUUUUGACAGGUUCUCGUGUUCAUAAUGCUGCUUAUUUUACUCACAUUCUCACAUCUUACGUUUCUUCCACCUUACAUCAUAGCGGAAAAUGCACCAAUUUAUUCCUACGACAAUGCUAUGUUAUUAAUGUUACAUCCUUCUGAUCCGAAGGUUCAAAGGCCUUUUAUUGAUAUAGCCCAUCUUAUGAGGAGCAUGUUUGUUGGUAUUAAACCUACUCUAGAUCCUCAGCAGCUUGAGGCGUACCUAAAGAUCAAUAAUUCUGCAUGUGUAAGAGAUAUCACUUCUGUUAUAUAUGGUAUAUUUCGACUGAAUGAAGAAUCCAUAAAAUGGUUGGAUGCUGCUGGAAAAAUUGUGCCUGCCGUAGCAGCUGGUGCCAUUAACUGGCUUGGAAGCAUGGAAUUAUGUCGAAAUAUUACUGAUUUCAGUUACGCAUUAUCACAUCACGUUAAAGGAAAAUAUUGCUCAGCAUUUGUCAAACUUCCUACACCUGAGGUUCUUCCCCAAAAAGUGACAUUAGAACUGAACUAUGGCGUGUGUAUUCCCACCUCAUGUACCAAAAACGAUUUAGUUGUGUUGCUUGAUAUGGUUUUGUCUAGAGUAAACUUAUCCCUAGAUAACUCCACAACUUUUUGUCAUGAAGAAUUUGGAUCAGUUCCCAAAGACAGUUGGUUUUGGAUUUCAAUAUCCAUAUUCAUAAUAGUAAUCGUUCUCCUACUGGGCGGAACAACAAUCGAUUUGAUUAUAUGGUGUAUAUGGAAAUAUCAAUCGCACGCAAUUUUCUACAAUAGACUAGUGGACUCAGUCAACUCUUCAGAAUCACCAGCUACUUCAAAUGAAUCUAUGAUUCCUUCCGGAGAGAGUAUACAUGAGGAAAAUACAACUGGAGAAAGUGAUGUUGUUUGCCCAGAGCUGAAUAGCUUAUCCUAUUCAAAAUACCGAUUUAAAAUCCUGUCAAAUAUGAAUUAUGGCAUUAAAUUUCUUGCACUCUACUCUCUUCCGUAUAAUGGAUGGCAUUUAUUUCACUCAAAACCAAGCACAGUAGUGAAUAAAUCAGGUCAACCGUGUGAACAUCCCCUACUUUGUUUGGAUGGUAUUCGAUUUUUGACAAUGAUUUGGAUAAUAUAUGGUCAUUGUAUAGUAUAUUCUAUAAUGGGUUCGAAUAAUGCUUUAUUUUAUGCACAAACUCAUCUGCGUAAAUGGACAUUUCAAGUGAUGGUUGCUGCACCAUUGUCUGUGGAUACCUUCUUUUUUAUGUCAGGAUUAUUGACAACCUAUUUAACGCUUCCGAAACUUAGAAGAAUUUGCAAUUGGAAAAAUUGGUUUAAAUUUUGGUGUGGCUUUAUAUUUCAUCGUAUUGUUCGCCUAACACCAGCUUAUCUUCUAGUUUUAUUUUUCUACACUGGUCUCUUCAUUCAUGCUUAUUCUGGCCCAUUGUAUCCACAGAAUCCUAAUUUAACAGAUAUUAAAUUCUGUCGGGCACAUUGGUGGGCAACAUAUUUAAACAACUUUAUAUAUGCAGAUGAAAUAUGUAUGGGAUGGUCAUGGUAUUUAUCUAAUGAAUUACAAUUUUCACUUGUAUUGGCGCCAAUAUUUUUAUCUUUACUCAUGUGCCAUGAAAUCAUCGGUAUUUCCUUUGCCAUUGGACUUAUCAUUUCUUGUAUUGGAUCUACCUACGGUAUUUCAUAUGUAAAUGACUAUUUACCCGGGCUUCUUGGACUUCAAUCAUUCACCACUAUCUAUGUGAAGCCGUACACACGUUGGAGUACUUAUGCUAUAGGUCUUUUGUGUGGUUGGUUCUUGGAGAAACACGCGAAUAUUUUAGAUUCUGUAUCUCGAAAGUACAAAGUUCUUCUCUUCUCAGCGGGUGUUUGUAUUUCAUCAAUACUAUGCGUAUCUACUGUUUAUGGCCUGUAUGGAUUGUUAAGCGGGAAAGUUCCACCAUUUACAACUUCAGAAGCUGCAGCAUACACAGCAUUUCAUCGACCAGUGUUUAUUCUCGGUGUAGCAAUUGUUGUAGCAAUGUGUGCACUUGGCUGUGGUGGGCCAAUUCAUUCGCUGCUUACAUCCUCUGUAUUCCGUCUUCCUGCACGUAUAACAUUCACUGUUUAUCUUGUACACCCGAUUGUUAUCCAGUUUAUUGUUUUGGGCCGUCAAAGUCCAGCUGUAGUGGAUGAUUUACACCUGAUAACCUUGUUCUUUGCAGUUCUACCCAUCAGUUAUCUGAUUGGUUUCGUAGUCUCAUUGGCCACAGAAUCGCCUAUGCUAGUUGCUAGAUAUGUGUUUGGAAGUAAACGACCUUCACCAAUAGAAAAUUAAAACAAAUGUUAAAUGGAUUCACUAAAACAGAAAACGAAAGAAACGAACAAACAAACAAUCUAAUCUCUUUUCUACCUUU